CAAAUUGUUUCCAAACGUAUAUAAGAAAGAAGAAUUCAGCAUCUCAUGAGGAUUAAUCAUUCAUCUUUUAUUUUCAUGCUAGCUGUUCUAUUAGACCUGUUCUUGGUUUGUGUAAGGGCAGAAGCUCCUCCAGCAACCAAAGCUGAGCCACCAGCCAAGGCUACUGGAGAAGAUCCUAAGAAAGAGGGCGAGGUUGCUAAAACAGAUGAGGAGAAAAAAGAGGGGGAAGAGUCACCGACUGCGGGACAGGAAUCAGCUGAUAGUAGUGGUGAAUCGGGUUCAAUGUUUGGACUGUUGGGUGGCCCAGAAUCGGAACCGGCCGAUAAAGAUAAGUCAUUCUGGCAACGACAUAAGAAGACCAUAAUUUGGUGUAUUGUGAUAUUCUUCGUUGUCAUAAUAGUGCUGGCAAUUGUAGGAUUUGUUCUAAAGCGAAGGAAAUCGUAA